UGUCGGAUGGCGGCGGCGGCGCCGGUGAGGCGAUGGAGGGCGGCGAGGCGGGCGGCGGCGGCGGCGGGGGGCUCCUGCAGCAGAUCCUCAGCCUCCGCCUGGUGCCCCGCGUGGGCAAUGGCACCACCUACUCCAGCCCUCUCUCCACCUUCCCAGAGAUGUGGUACGGCGUCUUCCUGUGGGCCCUCGUCUCUUCCCUCUCCUUCCACGUCCCGGCCGCUUUGCUAGCGCUCUUCACGCUCCGGCACCACAAGUACGGCAGGUUCAUGUCCGUGAGCCUCUUGCUGAUGGGCAUCGUGGGACCCAUUACCGCCGGCAUCCUAACGAGUACGGUGCUGCCAUCGCUGGAGUUUACAGAGCCGCUGGGAAGAAAAUGAUUCCCUUUGAAGCCCUCAUUUUGGGAGUGGGGCAGACAUUCUGCGUGGUGGUGGUCUCCUUCCUGAGGAUCUUAGCCACCCUCUAGAACUUCCUUGGACGCUGGAGAUCCCAAAUCAAAGGAUGACCAAAGGAUCUGCUGCCUGCUUCUUCUCAAGCCCUGAGGGAGCAGAACUUGAGGCAUCUCUCAGCGUUGUGCUUCUGCGCUGGUCAAAGGCUUCGUGAAGAUCUGCUCCUGCCUCCAGUGGGGCUGGAAAUGAGGCUGAAACCUGUGAUUUUGUUACUUUAUUGGGGGGGUAACACAAAGUGCCAAGUCAAACUUCAUUUCUCUGGAGGAGGAGGCACACAUCCCUUGGACCAGAGAUGAGCUGUAGCAACGGGACAUGAACUAAGAGGUGACACCAGCUGUCCUGGGGUCCUGCUACCAAGCGAUGUGCUGUCUUCAGAGCUCCUCACUUCCUGCUUUGACCUCUGGCUGCUUUGUUUGCAGUGAACCUGAAGGUCUUUUAAUGUGAUUUAUUGAGGUUUUUUUUAAUCAGAGUAUUCCUUUUCUUUCCUUUUUUUGGCCCAACCUUCCUAAUCCCAGGUCUCAGUCAGAGCCAAGUUGGGAGCAACAAAAGGAAGAAUCGUUUUAGACAGGUGAAAGUGCAGGCUUGCAGCUGAGAGCUGUGCCUGUGGAUUCUGUGGCAGAGGGAAUAAGCACUGGCAAAAAAAAAAAGAGACAUUUCUGUUCUGCUGAAUUUUAUUAUGGUGAAGCUCUUCUGGCCCUGUCCUGAAGGUGAGGCACAGCCCAACAGGUACUUCACCCUGCUGCCCAGGCUGGAAAGCCCUGGGCACACCUGUGAGCCUGUGCUGGUGCAUUUCAGGCACAAAGAGGACUCAUAGCUUUUAAAUUCUCUGCUCCCCUUUGACUUGCUGAUCAAUUUGAGGUGAGGGUGGAGGGCUUGGGGGGGGGGUCUUCACUGUGCUCUGAAUGUCGCUGCCUGGCACUCUGCUACUGCUGCACUGGAGAGAAGCUGGUGGCUGGCACUGGGAGGUCAUGGCUUGGAGCUUCCUGGGCAGGAGGUGGGGAGUGUGCCAUGGUUUUGGUGUCCAGCCUGCAGCAUGCCAGUGCAUGAGAUGCUGCGAGCAUCCCAGGAGGAGCCUGGGUCAUUGCUGUGCCCAAAUCAGGGACUGGCAGUGUGAGCACAGCCCCGGAGCAGCCUUUGCCAGCAUCCUCUCAUGAACUGUUUUAAUUUGCUUGGUUUUAAGUGACUUUUAACUAAUCCUUAGAUCUACCUUUUGCCCAGAGGUGUGCCACAAAGCCAGGGCUCUUUGGUAGCCAGUUGGGUGCUUUCUGGGGACUUUUUUUGGGUCUCUUGGGAAAGCUGAGGUGAGCUUGGAGACAGGCAGGAUGGCACAGCCACCCCCGUGGCUUUGCUGUGGUCUCUGCGUGUGACCCACCCACGUUCCUGUGGGCUGUGAGGGCAGAUUCUGUGUCUCUUCAGCCUUGCAGGAUGUGUCCCAUCCAUGGUUGAAGCUCCUUUGGUUUCCAAACCAGCUCACCUUUUGUACCUGCAGCAUUCCCUAAGGCCAAUGAUUUUCCAUGAACUCCAUGUCCUGAGUGCUGGAACAACCCUCUGCAGGGCUCUGUGUUUAUCACAACAAAGAAUUUCUCCCUGUGUUAACUUCUCUAGAGUGACUUGGUCGUGUAGAGGUGUUUCUCAGGUGUUUCUUAGUGAGGUGACUGCAGAUUUGAGCCCAUCUUAACACAGGGACUAAAGCUGUGCAUUUUAGGAGAGGUUUUAAUAUGAAUUCUUCUCCUUAGGUGAGUGAGGUCCAAGCAGUGUGACAUGCACUGAGCUUGGGAUCUUUGGAGUGCCCUGUGUGCCAUGCUGCUUGUAGAGAGCUGUUUUUCCUCCCACAGCAUUCCCUCGGGGGGAGGCUGGGUGCUCUCCUUCCCCCUGUGCUACCUCCCCCAGGGAAAAAAGCAAGAAUAGUGCUCUCUCACUGUUUUGCCCCCUUCCCAUCUCAAAUAGCUCCUGGCAGAGUGUGUGGCUGGAGUCCCUGGUUUAAUCCAUGAGAAGUAUCCUGGAUGAAUUAACAGUCCCUUGGGAUUUAGACAGGGUAGAUCUGGCCUUAGCUUUCAGGUGAUGCUAAAAAGCAGUGUCCUGGGCUCCCACUGUGCUCCUCUAUUCCCCCAUCUCAGUGCCUGGCAGCCCACUUUAGCAAGGACUAAACUGGUUGCAACUGGGAAGACACUUUCUCAGUGUGCCAGCUGUUGUGGCUCAAGGGUGAGCCUUCUGCAGUCACAGGGCUGAGGGGGACAGGGGACAAACCCAGGCUGUUAAGAGCUCAGGACAAGUGGAUGAAAAUGGCUUGCUAGGAAAACAAAACCUGGUUUCUAUCUGUUGUGAUUCCUCCCAAAGGCUGUUUUAAGAGGGGGGAAACUGCUUCACUGGAGAGUUGGCAGCUUGAGCAAUGCUGGAAGGUGGGUGGAGAGGGUGGGGCCUCUCUGUGCUCAGGAGUCAGGGCAUUUUCAGGGGCUUCUGGCAUAUAAGCUGCUGCUGGCUUGGCUUGACAGGUGUUAGAGCUGGGAGCUGGGUCUUGCUGUCACCUCCCUGCUUGUUGAGGAUCCUGCCUGAAAUCCUGCCAGUAAAACCAGAUCCAUGUGGGGAGGAGGAGCAGGCUGGAGUUGAUGCAGCAGCUUGGUCACUGCUAGCAGCUUUCUUCUGUCAGUUUGGUCUUCCCUUUGUGUUCUUAUCCUUAGUGAGGUUCCCUGGUUUGUUCUUCCUGUCAGUUUGGUCUUCCCUUUGUGUUCUUUGUCCUGAGUGGGGUUCCCUGGUUUGCUCCUCCUGUCAGUUUGGUCUUCCCUUUGUGUUCUUUGUCCUGAGUGAGGUUCCCGGGUUUGCUCCUGCUGUCAGUUUGGUCUUCCCUUUGUGUUCUUAUCCUUAGUGAGGCUCCUCCUGUCAGUGUGGUCCUCCCUUUGUGUUCCUUAUCCCACCCAAGGCAAGCAGAGGAAUCCCUUCACUUUUCAGCUGAGGUUGGUAGAUUUUGCUCAGACAAACUUGCCAGAAGCUGCUGGAAUCUUGUGAGAACAUCAAUGCUGAGAUGUCCUGAGCUGGGCAGAGCUGUGAACCCCCUGCCCAGGAAGCCCAGCCAGGACUUUUGAUCAACACCCUGCAGAGAAACCACCUGCCCUGGAGACACAUCCCUGCUGGAACUGAGAGCUGUGGCCCUGCUUUCCACGUGUGCACAUCCCCCCGUGCUGGGCAGAUUUAGCCCCACCCUGGCUUCCCCUCCUGCUGACCUGAACAAAUCUUUGUAUGAGAGAAAAACUGGAAAUUUUAUUUUUCUACUGACACUUCUAAUCCUGGUGGUGAGAUCAAUAAAGGCUCUUAACAAGCAUGCUGA